GGCGCGCGUAGUGGGAGAGGGAAUCCUCCCUUCCCCCGCUGGCGGUUUUCGGGGGACUCACUAAGUAACGACGAGCGAAGAAGAGCGGAACGUUGCUCGAUCUAGCGAAAUAGCGAUUGCGUCAUACUCUUACGUUAAAGUAUCUUUACGUCUUACACAUUCACGUAUUAUACCACGUCGUUUCUUACAUAUCAGAAGCGGGAUAGAGAACAAGAGCGUGCCAAGGCGCAUCCUGAUUAUUACGGUAAUACAGGUUAUAACCAUGGGCCGUCACAAGGCGCGGCGCGAGGCCCAUCGAAGCCGCUCGAAAAGAAGGAGAAGUCGUUCUCCUUCCUCGUCAUCAGAGGAUGCAAAGAAACAAAGGGACGACCGUUUUGAGCGACUAGAACAUAUAGUGGAGAGUCUGGAUCGACGGUCGACAGCACAUACGAGGGGAUCAUGCAUACACCGAGGAGACGAGUUGAUGAUUCCCUUGUUCGAUCCAUCGAAGGACGAGCUGGUGGUUGAUAAAUGGAUUGAACAUGUAGACGAUUUGGCUGCUCAGUACGACUGGGAUGAAAAGGCGAUUAUGCGCCUGAUACCGGGACGCCUGGUAGGCCAUGCUAGGCAGUGGUACGACACACGGCCCCGGUUAGCCGUUACAUGGAAUGAGAUAAAGAACUCAUUAAAACAACAAUUUCGUAAGUCUGUUCCUUUUUGUAAAUUGUUCAAAGAAGCGGCACUGUACGAAAGCGUUCCGGGACAAGCGUUAGGGGAUUAUUGUUUUCAAACGUUAAGGAAAAUGCGGAAACUAGAUAUAACUAUACCGGAUAAAUACAUUAUUGAUGCGGUAAUCGGUGGAAUUACGGAUGAGAAUGUCGCGAGAACCGUGCGUUCGGCUCAGCAUAGCGAUGCAAAUGAGUUAUACGCGUAUAUGACGACUCUUGAUAGCUUACCGACAAAAACCGAAAGAAAUAAAGCCGCGACAAAUACGAAAAGCGAACGUAAGGAUCGGGUAUCGCCAAUAGAUGAAGCACGUGUAGUAAAUACAAGUGAUAGCACACCAUCCACGGGUGAUAAGGCGAAAACGAAAAUCGAAUGCUUUAAUUGCGGAAAGGCGGGACACAUAGCGAGAAAGUGUCGGAUGCCGCGUAUAGAGUGUGAGCGAUGUAACCGGUUGGGACACCAAACGGAGAAAUGCCCUUUGAAAACGGACGUAAACAUAGUAGAAAAGAUUGCAAAUGGGCGUAACUCGUACGGAAGAUUAGUAGUGGUUAACGGGCAUAAACUUAGAGGAUUAGUCGAUACCGGAAGCGGUUGCACAUUAAUACGAGCGGCCGUUGCCGAAAAAUACGAUAUGGCCAUUACGAUAACGUCGGAUAACGUGCUGAGAGGAUUCGCAGGGCAAAUCGCGACUAGUAACCGUUCGAUGCGGUGUGAAGUCAGAAUUAUGGACGCGGUAGCCCAAGUUAACGUCGUCAUAGUGUCAGAUAAUUAUUUUAUUUAUGAUGUAAUUGUCGGUCGCGAUUUCCUCGAGCAGGAACACAUCGUCGUUAUUAAGCGGGGAAAAGCGUUGAUAUUCAAACAGCUACCCGCGAUUGAUGACGAAAUUGACAAUAGUAUUGAGGUAAAUUGCUUGAGCACGCGAAAAGAGGAUGAAAUCACGAUAUCGAUAGGCGCGAUCGGUGAUAGCGCAAGGCAGUAG